AUGCAAAAUAAUCAUCGCAUAGAGCCAAUGUCAACUGAUAUAUCUUCAACUUAUAAUCAAUCUGGAAUUCAACUUAAUUAUAUUCGAACGAUUGACGAUAAUCAUAAAAUUAACACUGAUGCAAGUUUGUCUGAUGUGAAAUACAAUUCUAUUACGAAUUAUUUUCAAAAAAAUUUCAACAAAUGUCAUUGCCUUCACGUGGAAAAACGUGGUAUCGAACGUAUUUUACCAGAAGAUCGUACCGAUUUAAGAAUUAUGAACACAGCAAUGAUAUGGGUGGGUGCUAAUAUCAUUAUACCGACUUUUACUGUUGGAAUGCUUGGUCCUGCAGUAUUCAAAUUGGACCUGUACACUUCAUUUGUAACAAUUAUUAUUAUCAAUUUGCUUGCUUGUAUACCAGUAGGAAUAAUAGCUUGUUUUGGUCCAGCAUCUGGAUUACGUACAAUGAUCUUUUCUCGUUACAGUUGGGGUUAUUAUGGUGCUUCUAUAGUAUCAAUUUUAAAUAUUAUUGUUGCACUAGGCUGGGCGGCUGUCAGUAGUAUCACUGGUGCACAAAUAUUACGUGUUGUAUUUGAUGAUUUAUUACCAGUAGCAGUUGGUAUUAUUAUUAUUAGUGUUGUGUCGAUGAUCGUUUCAUUUGUAGGUUAUAAUUGGAUUCAUAUUUAUGAACGAUAUGCAUGGAUACCAAUAGUUAUAGCAUACUGUAUAUUAGCUGGCAUUGGUGCAAAAUAUUUUACACAUUCUCAAACGGUAUUUCCUGACGAAACUAUAUCAAAUAAUGGACGUCAUUAUCAGAAAAUAAUUUACAUUAUAAAUUUUGGCGCCAUAUGUUUAGGUGGCUCAAUCGUUUGGUCUUCAUUUGCAGCUGACUACAACACAUAUUUUCCUCAAGAUACAAAUCAAUUAAAAAUCUUUCUGUUAACUUACAUUGGUAAUAUUAUAUCAGUAAUUCCAUUAGAAUUGCUUGGUGCAGCUGUAUAUACUGGCACAUAUAGAAAUUCAAAAUGGGCUGAUGCUUAUAAAAAUGAUAAUGUAGGUGGAUUAUUAGGUGCUAGUCUUUCUCCACUUGGUGGCUUUAGAAAAUUUCUACUUAUUUUAUUUGCAUUAUCAACUGUUGCAUGUAAUAUACCAAAUGUUUAUUCUUAUUCAUUAUCUAUGCAAGUAAGUGCACCAAUAUUUGAACGUAUACCACGUUUUCUAUAUACAGUAAUUGGUACUGUGAUCUAUGCUCUAAUGGCUAUUUUUGCUGCAAAUAACUUUAAUGAUUCAUUAACAUUAUUUGUGGAUUUAACUUCAUAUUUUUUUGGAAUAUAUCUUGUUAUUGUAUUUGAAGAUCAUUUAAUAUUUCGACGUUGUUCAUUUAAAAAUUAUAAUUUCAAUAUUUGCGAUAAUCGUAAAAAAUUACCAAUUGGUUUAGCUGCAAUUCUAUCAAGUUUCGUUGGAAUAGUUGGUAUUGCACUUGGAAUGUCUCAAACUUGGUUUAGUGGACCAAUUGCAAAAGCUAUUGCAAAUGAUAGUGGUGAACGAGGUGCAAACGUUGGCUUUAUAUUUGGGUUUAUAUUUACAGGAAUUGUAUUUCCACUGUUUCGAUUUAUUGAACUGUAUUUUAUUGGACGAUAA